AUGCUUGCCUCCCUUUUGCGCCCCAAGAAAAGACGAGUCUAUGCCGAGCGGUCGCCAUUCUCAUCGCCGUACACAACUCGCGAUUCCCAAUGGCCUUUUCUACAGGAAAAUGCACCUCAACGAGGCCUUGAACCAGGCUAUGAAGAGAUCAACGGAUACAGCGGCACCCAUGAGGGGCCUGGCGCAAGAUCUGAAGAUGAUGCCGACGAAGAGGAUGACGAACCCGUUGAGUCCACGCCUCUCCUUCCAAUAUUUUCGGCGUCGCAUCUAGACACUCUGCCGGUUUAUGACAUCACCCAUGCCAUCCGUCCUCUCAUUGUUGCUCGAUGCGAAACCACCCUGACCUGGGACCAAUUGCGCUCGCCACAAAUCUCUCAAUUCUUGGUCAAACCUAUUCAGCAGAAGAUUCGAACGUUGCAUUUCUCCCGGGCUACACUUUAUGCGCUGAUAACGAACUGUCUCCAGUUCUCGAAGGAGGUCCAUCUGAAUCCCGGCAACAGCGGCGUGAGCCAAACUAGGGCCAUGGUCAGCGAGCUUCUCGCUAUUAAGUUGCUGAGAGAAUAUUCGACGCGGGAAUUGAUUGACGCGCUUUCCUACGAAUUCUAUCCUCUCAACGGUCAGACGCCAACGGCAACUGUAAGCUCCGAUCGGGCACCUGGCUGGUAUUCGACUCCAGGAAGCAAACGUCCUGCUAUCGCCCGUGUUUCUUGUCUCGAAGUGGCCAUCCGCGCUCAGGCGAAACGGUUCUUGUCACAUCCCCUGGUGGUACAACAACUUGAAGCGAUAUGGGCUGGCACGAUUGUCUUCCAUUCCGCAUCUGAUUACCUCCAUCGCUCGCCCGCACAAGUCAGGAACAAUGGGAGGCUGCAGUAUGGUACCGCUCCUGAUCCUUCUCCCCUUGGCACGUCGCAUCGUCAGCCACAGCCCAACGUAUCUGGACUUCGACGUUCGGUCACGAUUUACAACCCAAAGGAUGCCUCAUUGUUCAAACUUUCACGAUUACGUGUGCCUCGAUACAGGCAGUUCCUGUCAACUUUGUCAUUCGCGGUUCUGCUGGGAUUGUUCCUGGCUGUGUUGAACCAACGUCGUCUCGAGAUUACUCCGCUGGAGGUUAUCUUCUGGCUUUGGAGCGCUGGCUUUAUGCUCGACGAGAUUGUCGGGUUCAACGAGCAAGGUUUUAGCUUGUAUCUCAUGAGCUUCUGGAAUCUCUUUGAUCUCGGUAUUCUUUUCCUCCUUUUCUGCUACUAUUGCAUGCGACUCUAUGGUGUCAUCCUGCCCUACACCCGCAAUCAUAUUGUGGCAGAUCAAGCGUAUGACAUCUUGGCCGCGAAUGCAGUCCUUCUUUUCCCGCGACUUUUCUCGGUUCUCGACCACUACCGCUACUUUUCUCAGUUGCUUAUCGCAUUUAGAAUCAUGGCUUCUGACCUUAUCGCGGUCUUCCUUUUGAUUAUCAUUGCCUGCAGCGGGUUUUUUGUUGCAUUCACUCAGGCGUUUGGCAACAGCGAUGACCAUUCUCCUGGGGCUGUCGCGUAUGCCCUGUUUCAAAUGCUCAUGGGUUUUACUCCAACAGCAUGGAGUCUUUGGGACGAAUAUAAUAUGCUGGGCAAACUCAUCUUGACAGUGUUCCUGUUCAUUUGUCACUUCGUCGUUGUCACCAUCCUCAUUACUGUUUUGACGAACUCCUUCAUGAGUAUUGUGCAGAAUGCCAAUCAGGAGCACCAGUUUCUCUUUGCCGUCAACACAAUCUCUAUGGUCAAGUCGGACGCACUUUUCUCUUAUGUCGCCCCGACCAAUAUUCUUGCUUGGCUGAUCACCCCACUCCGUUACUUCGUGCCUUUCCGCGAAUUCGUUCGGAUUAACCGCACGAUCAUUAAGAUUACUCACUUACCCAUCCUAUUUACUAUCUGUUUCUACGAAAAAGCGAUACUGAGUGCUCAGGUAAUCGAUUCAACCGACUUAAUGGAGUCGACAUCUCGAGGUGAUUCAUCAGACCGCUUUCGAGCUCGGCGUCGAUUUAGGGCCUUCAGCUCGCAGAUUCGACCCUUCGUCCGAGAGCCAUCAGUUGCCACAUACCAGAAAGACCGUGCUCUGGACGAGGUGUUUCGACGGCCAUUCCGCGACGCAACAGCCAGACGUCCUGCCGCCGCCCUUGAACGCAGAGGAAGCCACAGCGUCGUCAACAAGUGGAUGCAGACUAUGGGAUCGGGCUCUGUCAAUCCCCCUGAUGAGCAAGACUCAGAGGAGGUCGAGCGGCUCGAGAGAUUUCCCCGUGGUCGGACGGGCUUUCGCCGGACGUUUACCAGGAGCUUGCGCGACUUUACCGAAACGAAUCACUCCGCUACAUCCGACGCUGAACCUCCCCAUGUAGCAUCCUCGCCUGCGACACCACGUAAUGGGAGAAAUUUCUUGACUCCAAUGCGAAGCAGGCAAUUAUCGCGAGUUACGGGUAUGGAAGGUGAUGAUGAACUCACAAGCGAUGACAAUGGCGGGUGGGCUGGAGAACAGAGAUCGGGUGCACUGGAUUCCGAGGACGAUACGCCCAAGACCACCAGACAAAGUCCGAUUCAUACGCCACCCAAGCACUUCAGCUCUCGGCCAUCAACUGCCCGACUCAAAUCUCGCAAGACUAGUCCCGCUCGGCGGAUCAAGAACCACACGCGAAAUUACUCGGGCGCCACUAUGCUGUACAACCCGAUCCCUUCAGAUAACGAUCACGAAGCCGCCAAAGCUUCACCAAGUCCUGUCCGGCCAAGAGCGGAGACUCCUGAUCCAGCAGGCGGGCCUGUCCUGUCUACCUCUGCAGAUCAGUGGACGCUGAAAAGACAUAUUGCGAAUGGUAGCAGGCUUAGAAACGUGACCAUGACCCGAUCUGAUCCGAUGUCUGUUCCGGAUGUGGGUGGCUUUUCGGUACCCGAUUCACACUUCCAGCGGCGCCGUCAAGCAUCCAUCCUCGAUGGCUUAGGCUCGGACCUGGGGGACAACAAGGCGAUAGCGAACGGUUUUCUAGGCGGUGUUCCUUCAAGCUUCACUACACAAAUAGCCUAUGCAACAGGUAAUAUCCGACGUCCCGACAGCCCAAGUAGUCAGGAUAUGCUCAGCAAGCUGGUACUGGCACGGAUGAACAAUAUCGAAGAAGGCUUCCGUGAGGUGAUUAAGGAAGUGAAAGACCUCCGACGUGGAGGAACUAGCCGGAGCGAAAGCCGGGUUGAUGAACAACGAGGCGUCCUGCGUGAGAAGAAAAAGCGUCGUCCAGAUAAGAAGGAGCCAAAGAAGGAUCUCCAAGAAUCUCGGAAGAGCAAGACGAGCAGCGAAGGGCAGUGGUCGGACGAGCUCGCAUUCGAGAAACGCAGAGAUGAAGGCAGUGGGGAUGAAAAACUUUAA